CAGAGGCGUUCGCGAAAGGAAAGUAUCCGUAUAGACAUUAUUUCUGCGUCUGAUAAGCUAAAAGAUUCAAAUGUCAAUAACAAUUCGCAAGGCACAAAUGGGAGACUGUCCCAAAAUUAUUGACAUGGUUCAAGACCUGAUCAAUUACAGCGAUAUGUCUUUCAAACAACCAAUUGAUGCUAAAACUCUAGAAGAGGACGGUUUUGGAGAACGAAUCUAUUACCGAUGCCUAGUAGCUGAGGACAAGUCGGCCAAAGAAGGAGGCGAGUUCCGUAGACUUGUAGGAUACGUCCUAUACCACUUGAGGUUCUCGUGGAGCGGCCGCGCCGCUUGCUUGGAGGACUUGUACGUCUCUCCUGCUUACCGGUCUCAUGGCAUCGGUACCGGACUCUGGAAGGCCAUGCUCCAGGAUACCAUUCUCGAAGGAGCCUCCAGUUGCACGUUUUCAGUGCUGAAAUGGAACGCACCGAGCCUGGCUUUUUACAAGAGCAAAGGAGCCGUAGACCUCACGGCUUGCAGAGGUUAUAUGGCCUAUUCAUUCGAUGCCGACGCAAUGCGAACCAUCGCAACAACUGACGACCUCGACGCUCCGCCAGAGCUGUCUGCGGCUGUGACGAGUUCCCGUGCGUGGUGUGAGUUGCUGCUGGCCACAUCCGCGUCAGGGGAGUUACUGGGCUUCCUACUUUAUAGCGUCUCCUACAGCACUGUGGAUGGCGCCCAUUUCUACAUCAACGAUCUCUACGUCGAGCCGAAACACAGAAGGAAUAAAAUAGCUUCAUCAUUGUUGAGUAAACUCAUGCAGAGAAGCGAGGCGCUGAGGUGGCAUUUCUGCGACAUGGUGGUGGCGGCAGGGCAGGAGGCGGCGCUCGAGUUCUUCAGGCAUCACCAGGCGGUGAACCUCAGCGAGGCGGAAGGCUGGGUCCACAUGAUGCUCGAGCGCCAGCACAUGGAGGCUCUUGUGGACUCUUAA